AUGUCUUCCACCCUUUUUGACGAUAUAUUCAACAUUGAAUCGCUAGAUUCGGCGAGAUACGACCGUGUGAGUAGAAUCAUUGCCAACUCCACCUCUUCACAAGAUACAAAGAUCACGCUUGACAUAAAUCAUGAGCUUUUCCCUGUCAGCGAGAACGACACGCUAACGAUUACACUUGCCAAGUCUUUGAGCAUAGACGACGACCCUUCAUCGAUGGAAACGGACGAGUUGUUGGGUGCCAACGGCUCCUGGAGACCUCCGAAGCCGGAUCAAAGAUCUUUAAUGAACGACUACGACUACGUAAUGCACGGCACUGUGUAUAAGUUCGAGGAGGGGAAGGGCGACACGAUCUCCGUGUACUGCUCUUUUGGCGGGUUGUUGAUGUGUUUGGAAGGUAACUACAGAAACUUGUCUAGUUUGAAGCAAGAAAACUUGUACAUCUUGAUGAGAAAAUAG